AUGGCAGAGCAUUUGAAAUGCGUUGGUGACCAAGCCACGCCACCUUCUGCAGUGUUCUCCAAAAAGACAUACACUAUUGCGGGAAUUCUUACCACUGUCUAUGGUUUAGAAGAACUUCCUCUGCAAGCAUCAAAUGUAGCAUGCGUCUGGCUUUUGCACCCCAGAUUGGCAUGCCAGGAGCGAAUGAGCUUAAUUGCCGCGGCGAUCCUCAGAGGAUGGAAUGGUCGGAGUCGGGAUGAACGUGCCAGUUCUGGUCAAACCAAGGGUGUAAUUGCAGUUUCAUUUGAUCAGAGAAACCACGGUACGCGGUUGAUCGACUCUCUCGCGAAUAGGACCUGGGGAGAAGGUAAUCCUCGUCAUGCGCAGGAUAUGUUCUCUAUCAUCCAGGGCACUGCUCGUGACACUUCACUGCUAAUUGACUAUAUCCCAUCAUACAUCUUUCCUACUUCAGAGCGCAAAAUCUCGGAGCAUAUUGUUCUCGGUAUUUCACUUGGGGCACACGCCGCUUGGAGCUGUAUUUUUCACGAACCCCGCAUUAGCGCUGCAGUUAUUAUGCUAGGCUGCCCUGACUAUAUUAAUCUGAUGGCUGACCGCGCACGAUCCUCAAAGCUACCCUCGUGGGUGACGUGCUACUAA